AUGUCUCAAACUUUAUAUUUCAGAAUUCUUCUCAUUGCUCUCUGUUUAUUAUCUGAAUGCAUUCAGCGCCGCUAUCACCAUAUAAAAAUAGAGAAGACCUGGGGCCCCUGGACUGAAGCUCAGAGAUACUCCAGAGAAAACUACACAGAUCUGGCCACAGUCAACAACAUCAAUGACAUGAAACAACUGAUGAAGAGAGUGAAUAACAGUAUGACUGAAGUCUGGAUUGGACUGAAUAAAUCCAGUGUUAAUAAAUGGAAGUGGUCUCUGGAUAGUCUGAUAUUGAUUCAGAAGAGUCUGAGCUGGUCUGAAGCUCUGAGAUACUGCAGAGAGAAUCAUUUGGAUCUGGUUUCAGUUGAUUUAGAGGAGAUUCAGCGUUGGGUGACAGACGUGAUUGAUCAGGCCUCAACUGAUGCUGUGUGGAUGGGCUUGCGUCACUCCUGUGCUGUUGGCCUUUGGUUCUGGGUGAAUGGAGAGAUGGUGUGCUAUAAGAAUUGGGCUCCAGGGAACGAAACCGCUGUGGAAGACUGUGACCAUGAAGUGAAAUCUGGAGCAGUUCAAUCUGGAGGAGAUCAUGGCUGGAUCAGCCUUCCUGAAUCUCACCAACUCAACUUCAUCUGCAUUAGAAAAGAUGAUGAAUAAAACGAUUUGUGUCUAUCACUUUCUUCUUGUUCUUUUUUUGUUAAUUGUCUGCUUUUCUUUUUUUAGCUGUAGGGAGAAUUUAUAAACAUAUAACAACAUUAUACUUCAUUUAAGAAUUAUUUCAUGUAUAUUAAAAAAUAUAUAUAUUUUCUACAUUAAUCUCCUGACACAAUAUCUUAUGUUUCUUUACUGUUGAUUUAUGUGAAAUAAAUGUGUUAGUUACAUGUAUAUUUUGGGAGUGGGUAAAAAAAUUUAAUCAUCAGAUGUGUCACUUCUGUUCUGUUUCAUGUGUGAUUAAUAAAGAUUAUGAGUUCAUAUCAGAGUUUAAUGAGAAUUAUUUCUGGAUCUUAAGUGAAUCAAAUGUGUUUAGAUUGAUUCUGUUACGAGUCCUGUCUGUUUCCCCUGUUUUUAGUGUUCCUUGUUUCCCUGUUGUUUCUACUCCACCCCUCUUGUUUGUUUCCAUGGAUAUUGAUUGAAACCACUCCCACCUUGUUUUGUUGCCAUAGCAAUUUAUUGAUCCACCACAAUCUCACCUGUGUAUAAAUAACCCUUGUGUUUCAGUUGUCUACUGUCUGGUAUUAUCAAGUGUAAAGUUGUGCCUUGUGUUUCUUCUGUUCUGCGUUUACUUCGAGAAUAUGUAUGUUUAUUUCCCUGUAUGUAUAUUAAAAAAAUCAAACCUUGGGACAGUUGGGCUGUUUCUGAUUUUUUUUGGGGGGGCAUGUCCCCCUCUGUGUCU